UACCCGAUGCUCCAUGGAAUGUUUCUGCAGUUGCACUUUCAUCAACGACAGUUCAAGUCUCCUGGUCUCAACCAGUCUCGCUUCGAGGAAUCCUGUAUGACUACAAAGUUAGAUACAAAAUCGUCUCUGCAAGUAGUUACUUAAGCACCAUCUCCGCAGGGACUAAAACAAAGCUUACAAUUUCAUCUAUGCAGUCAUCCAAAGAUUACCAAUUUCAGGUGGCAGCGACAGUAAAUGGUGGGAUAAACUUUGGGAGAUGGAGCCUUGUUGUGACAGUAAAAACACAUGAGGGAAAACCGAGCCAGCCGCAGAAUAUGAAGCUUUCUAGUAUCACAUCUUCUUCCGUUCUUGUCAACAUCACUAAGCCAUUACGAGAAAAUGGAAUCGUUAGAAAUUAUACUGUGAGGUAUUUUGGCAGAAAAUCUUACAACAGCACCUUUGAACACAACGGUUUUAUAACAGUUGACCGGAGCUUCCAUUCAAAAUUUACUUCUAAAACGUUGAGCAACCUCGUCCCGGCUACAAAUUACACAAUCGAUGUUGCUGCAGUAACCGGAGGUGGAAGGGGUAUCUUUAGUGGAAGGGUUACCUUUGAAACAAACUACGCAGCCCCACCAAAACCAACAAUGGAAAAUCAGGGUUCAAUCGGAAGAAAACUCACAGUGAGAAUUGGUACUGCAAGCGAUAUUAAUGGACCAAUAAGCGAAUACCGGCUGUCUUUUCUGGAAGGAAAUGCAAUUACUUGUCAACAAAGCAGUUCUGCAGAGACAAUUGUUCCUUCUAAACUGCCAUUAAAGCUUGAGUUUAUACCUGGAAUGAAAUCAGUUGCACAUAUUUCGACGGAGCUUAAAACAUUGGCAAAUUACACCAUCUGCUAUCGUGCUGCAACAACCAACAAGGAUAUAGCGUAUUACAGUCAAUUUACAAGCACGAUUAUAGAGAGAAAACAUUUAGAAAAACUGAACGUAAAUAUCUUCAAAAGCGAAGCGAAAGACAUUUCAUUCGUUAUUCCCUUGAAAAGAGGACCAGAAAAUACCAAAGAGUACCACAUUAUUGUACUGGAAACAGGAAACUCAUCCAAAGUCAAAGAUCCCCUUGACUGGAAGCCAAGUGAACUUGGACCAUAUGACUCUUCUACGCAUAUUAGCAGCACACCUUACAUAGCAGGUGUCUUGUACAAUUACGUUGCGAAAUUUGAGAUUGGCAAUGGGAAAGAAUAUGUGUUAUCUGGUCGGAGGAGGAGGAAUGCCGAUCAAGUAAAGUAUAUCAAUGCACCAUUGAAGCCAAACACAGAAUAUGUUGUCUUCCAGAGAGCUUAUCUUUCAGCGGGUAUUUAUUUCUCUUCGCCGUGGGCUGGACCAUUCAAAACAA